AUGGACGAGACGCGCCACAGCUACCUCGGCAUUGCUCCGCUUCUCGUUGCCGAUGGCUGCACGGUCGAUACAGUCCAUUUGCGCGGGUCAGUCAACUUCGUGUAUUACACAGUCAAAGACGACACGGUCGACAUGGUUGCUUUUAUUCGGCACCUUACCACAACUAAAGUCGUCGUCGUCGCCAACAGCUUUACGGCAGCGUGUACGAUGCUCUUGACCUUGCCCCACGCGGUGAGCAAGCUCGCCGGUAUCGUCAUUCUGGGGCCAUUCGCCGGGGUGUGGCCCGAAGCUAGCCUCCUCCAGACGCUUCGAGCUGACUUUGACGACUGCAGGACCUUUUUGACAGCCAAUGUGAACCAGCCGGGCCGUCUCAACGCGCUCGUCCAGCUCAUUCAAGCUUCCAAGGCCAAUGACACAACCUUUUGCUCGUGA